UCCUUUCUUCGCUAGUAGCUGUCGCCAUGUCCGAGACGGCGCCGGCCGCUCAAGCCGCUGCGGCUGCUCCGGAGAAACCUUUGGUUGGCAAGAAGGCAAAAAAAACUGCCAAGACCGCGGCGGCCGCCAAGAAGAAGCCUGCCGGUCCCUCGGUGUCGGAGCUGAUCGUGCAGGUGGUCUCGUCCUCCAAAGAGCGCAGCGGCAUGUCCCUGGCCGCGCUCAAGAAGGCGCUGGCGGCCGCGGGCUACGACGUGGAGAAAAACAACAGCCGCAUCAAGCUGGGCCUCAAGAGCCUGGUGAGCAAGGGGACCCUGGUGCAGACCAAGGGCACCGGAGCCUCGGGCUCUUUCAAGCUCAACAAGAAGGCUGCCUCCGGGGAGGCCAAGCCCAGCGCCACAAAAUUGGCAGCAAAAACCAAGUCCGCGAGCUCUAAUAAGAAACCCAAGAAGCCUGCAGGGGCCGCUGUUAAGAGAAAUGUCAAGACUCCGAGGAAGGCCAAGAAGCCGGCAAUGGCCAAGAAAUCUUCCAAGAGCCCCAAGAAGCCUAAGGUGGUGAAGCCUAAAAAGGUGGCCAGGAGCCCUGCGAAGGCUAAGGCUGUGAAGCCUAAGGCGGCCAAGGCGAAAGUGACCAAGCCAAAGACUGCUGCUAAGCCCAAAAAGGCAGCGCCCAAGAAAAAGUAAAACGGUUCUGGCUGGAAGCGUAUUCCAGUAACCCAACGGCUCUUUUAAGAGCCACCUACGUGACUCAGGAAAAGAGCUUACGCACUGACCAAGGGUGUUGGGUUGCCACAGGGUUGUUUUGAGUUAAGUUACUGUGGCCACUAGUGCCAUUCUUUUGGGUUUAUUCAUUUUUAAUAGGUUGUCCAGGGAUUCGUUGGCUUGUACUAGCUCUUUUUAUUCCUUUUGUCUUAAACCUCAGAGGGUUGAACUGGGUAGAGUGUGGCUGGAGGUGGUCCCUCGGGCUGUGACAGGUACAUACUUCAUUCUGGGCCCUGUGGAUUACGCUCCCUCCGCCAUGAUGAUGUUCUGCCUCACCUAGAACCCCAAUGAGUGGAGCCAGAAAACAGCCCUCAAGUAACAUUUUCCUACUUAGAAUUGUCAGCUCUUGGUCACAGCAACGAAAAAUUGGAACCAAAACACUACCUGUGUUGCGGUUUUUAAAUUUGACUUUUUUUCCUGUGUUUUCUAUGAUGAUGUAUUACUCAUUUAUAUGCAUAAUGUUUUUAUUAGAUAAUUGUGGUUUUUAAAACACUUUUAGCAUAAAUUCUCACGGCUUUAGGUUUCCAGUUUUGGUUAAGAAAUUAUACACCACUCCUCUUAGUUUGCACUCUCCUAGAUUUUCUUUAAAGAUUUUUUUGCUGUUUAAAAUUUUAGUCUCUAAUCCAGCUAAAAUUUAUAUUGCUAACAGAAUCUGUGUUUACAUUCUCGCAGGAUGGGCAAUUGUUCCAACACCAUUUAUUAAAUACUUCAGCCAUUUUCCCAAUAAGCUGAAAUCUUACCUAAUAGAAUUUUAUUUUGUUUCUACUGAUCUCUCCAUAUACUUUAUUUCAUUUGUAAUUCAUUUAUAGAGUUAUUGUUAUGUGAAUAGAACACUUCUUGCUUUCUUUUCUUAGGUCUCACUGCUGGAAGGGAAGAAAUGUGCUGAUAUCUUGUAUCCAGCUCUUUUACCAAUUUCCGAAAUUCUACUUUUUCUCUUUACUCUUUUAAACAGAACCCCUAUGAAUGUCUCAUAGUCA